AUGGUGCAGCCCAUGCCUGGAUAUGCCGAGGUGCUGGUGAAAAGCUUUUCUUGUAUGAACACUGCGAUCGCGGAGUGCAGGGACUGCGGAUUUGAGCUUUCUAAACAGACCCUGUUAGAAAAUGCCUCCCUCACCGCUACCGAAGGGCUUUUGUUCCUGAUUUGUGCUGUGGGGUGGACCCUCCUACGGAAGGCUGCUUCGCGCUACCUUUUCCAGCCAUUAGCCUACUGGUGUGACCUGCCACCCAGAGAUGCAGCCAAAAUGCCGGAAAGUGCGUGGAAGUUGAUUUUCUACACAGUCUCUUGGUCCUACAGCACCUACCUACUCUUCCUCACGGAUUACCCCUUCUUCCAUGACCCGCCAUCUGUAUUUUAUGAAUGGAGAGUAACAGCUGAUGUCCCUAAAGACAUAGCAAUUGCUUACUUGGCUCAGUGCAGUUUCUACGGACAUGCCAUCUAUGCCACUGUCUACAUGGAUGCCUGGAGGAAGGAUUCUGUUGUGAUGUUGGUCCAUCAUGUGAUAACGCUGGCUCUUAUUGCCUUCUCUUAUGCCUUCAGGUAUCACAAUGUUGGAAUCUUAGUUCUCUUCCUACAUGAUGUAAAUGACAUUCUGCUGGAAUUCACCAAACUCAAUGUUUACUUCAAAAACAGAUCUGGUGUUCGCCACAGCCUAAACGAUGUCGUUUCCAAUAUUGGAUGUUGCACGUUUGCUAUAAGCUGGUUCUGGUUCCGACUUUACUGGUUCCCCCUCAAAGUGCUGUAUGCCACCUGUUACUCCAGUCUCCAGUCUGUUCCCAAUAUUCCUUUUUACUUUUUCUUCAACAUUCUGCUGCUUAUCCUCACUCUGAUGAAUAUCUAUUGGUUUCUGUAUAUCGUCCUGCUGGUGAUGAAGGUCCUGACCGGUCAGAUUACAGAGGUGAACGAUGUCCGAGAAUAUGACAUAGAGGACAGUCACAGUCCAGCGGUGUGCAAGAAAUACAAUCAUCUUUACCUGAAGAAUUCCUCCAAAGAUGGAGUGCGCCAGAGGAAUGGAAUUGUUGUGCACAAACGGCUAUAAUAUAGCUCGAAGACAUCCUGACACCACCUCCAUCACUGUAUUUACAAGGACCUUUGAGUCUGGAUUUGCUCUGAAUUAAGGGCUGACUCUAAUUCUGAUUGUCUGCAGCUUCCUCGACUGGGAUUGAAACCACAAUGGGGAAAGUUCUACUGGUAGAGCACCUGUUGUUUCGAUGUCUGAUUCCUCCUCCUCCUCCUCCUCCUCCUCCCCCCACCCCCUUUCUCUC